ACUUUUGUUGGACCCAAGGCUUGUUUGACCGAAACGACUGGCCGUCUCUCUUGCGCAAGCACCGCAGGUACUCCACCACCUGCAUUCGCCCGGCGUCUCUCCCCCUACAGUCGCGUGCGCUCUUGUUCUUGCCCUCUCUUCUUCUUGUCGCUCUUUUGCAUUGGGCUUUCUUCUGCUUGCAUGACUCUCCGGCGUUGGGCUUCUGGGAGUCUUUGGCGAGCUUCGGGAUCAGAGGAGUAGCAAAGUUAUCGUGUGAGACGGCACCACGCACCCGCGAGCGUCGGAUUCUAGCCAAACAGAGCAAACAUGGCGGAGAGCAAGAGACAGAGCAUUGUGGGCAAGAUUGCGACGCCCAAGGUCGGCGGUGGGCCGACGAAGGAUGUCAUUGAUGGAGACUCGGUCUUGUAUAAGGCGGUUGGGGCGCGCAUUAAGAUUACAUGCGCUCCCCACAAUAACAUCCUCGAGGGCACGCUGUUCACCACGUGCAACAUCACCAACGCGAUUGCCAUCAACACCGCGCCUGCCCCGCCGAACCCUUCCGCUCCGCUCGCGAGCCAGCCCGGCGACUACCACAUCAUCCCGUUCGCACACAUCCUUAGUUUCGACCUGGUCGGCCCCGGUGAGCGUGUUCCUGAGUCAGGACCCGGGUUUGAUGGCGCGCUCCCGAGCAUCUCCAAGGUAGAUCUGGAGGCACUGAAGGCACGAGAAGAGCGCACAAUCCGGGAGAUGAAGCAGAAGGAUGCAAUGCGGGGCAAGAACGUGACGAGAGAGGCACAGGACAUUUUCGACUUUAUUGCCCGGACUCUCCCCACCCGCUGGGCGGAACCCAGCAUCGUCGUCAAUGACUCUGUGAUGAUCGACCCGCCGUACACCGUCGAGAACCUCCGAGCAAACAAGGACAAAGCCCAGAGCCUCGCCCAUGUCCGCAAGAUCCUCGAGAGCUACUACCAGCGCAAGAAGAGCUCCGCUCCCAACCGCGCCCCAGUAGCCACGCCGAUUGCGCCGAGAAAAGGGGGUUGAAUCAAUCCUCCAGAGAGUGGACAAGGAAGGAUAUCUUGGACAUGGGGAGGCGCGGCAAGGCGAAGAAAGGGAUUCUAUGAACUUUUCUCUCGAAGAUGGACAAUCUCCUUGGUUGGCACAUAUGUAGCUCGCGUGGUGUGCUUUGUUGCCAAUGCUUUCGGGCAAAAUAUGUAAGCCAGUUGAUAGUCAAAAGGAGACAAGCAGAGCUAGGCGGCUGUUAAUAUGGAAUGGGGGAGUCUGAAAGGUCUCUCUCUUCUCGGUGGCAUUUGUGCACUACACUAAAAUGAACUGUACCUAGUUACCUAAAGAAACCAACCCUUUUGUCCGAAGGUUAGGAUUAAUCGAAA